AUGCCUGAACCAGCCAAAUCCGCCCCGAAGAAGGGAUCCAAGAAGGCCGUCACAAAGACCGCCGGUAAGGGAGGAAAGAAGCGCAGAAAGUCCAGGAAGGAGAGUUACGCUAUCUACGUGUAUAAAGUCCUGAAACAGGUUCAUCCUGACACCGGGAUCUCUUCCAAGGCGAUGGGAAUCAUGAACUCUUUCGUCAACGACAUCUUCGAGCGCAUCGGCGGUGAAGCGUCUCGUCUCGCUCACUACAACAAGCGCUCCACCAUCACAUCGAGAGAGAUCCAGACCGCCGUGCGUCUGCUGCUGCCCGGUGAACUGGCCAAACACGCCGUGUCUGAGGGCACAAAGGCCGUCACCAAAUACACCAGCUCCAAGUAGAAGAACAUCCGGUUUCUCAACCAACACAAAGGCUCUUUUAAGAGCCACACAUCUUCUCAUUUAAAGAGUUUCUUGCAUGUUACAACGGAAGUAUCGCCCGGUCACGUGUUGUGUACUGAAGAUAAAAUUAAAGUUUAAUUCUGAAUCAUCA